AUGGCAUCCUCACCUCCCGGGUCUCCAGCUGGCGGGAUCCAGCGCCCCAUGUCUGCCAUGAUCCGCCCGAACCGCAGCUCAAGUCGCAUGAGCAUGAGCAGCAAGCACGGCGGCGGCGGCAGUCGCGCGUCUGACGAGGACGGCAAGACUGCAGUGAAAGUCGCUGUCCGCGUCCGACCUCCACUUAAACCCUCAGAUCCAGGCUACGAGCUCGUGCCCCAGCGAUUCCGCGCCUCGACAUGUGCUACCGCCACCGAAACAAAUCUCACCGUCGAAUCCGCCCAGGGCAAGAAGUUGUUUGUGUUUGAUCGCGUCUUCGGCGAGGACACCGACCAAGAAGGCGUGUGGGAGUACCUCUGCGAGAGCGUAAACUCUUUCGUGCAGGGCUACAAUGUCUCCAUCCUGGCCUACGGGCAAUCGGGCGCUGGAAAGUCCUAUACCAUGGGUACCACCGGACCCGCCGAGCAAGCCGAUCCAAAAAUCAUGGGUGUCAUUCCUCGAGCUGCGGAUUUGCUGUUCGAGAAACUCACAGGAAGACCGGCCGGACGCAGGCCCGGUACAGGGCUUCGUGCCCCGUCCAGAUACUCCACAGUUGGCCUUCCAGCCGCGUCGAAUCUCUCAAAGCCUGCAGACAAGAGCUGGCAGUUGAAGGCCACCUAUGUUGAGAUAUACAAUGAGCAGCUACGAGAUCUUCUGGUCCCCGAGCAUGUUCCUAUGCACGAACGCACCACAGUGUCCAUACGAGAGGAUACUAAAGGCAGGAUCCUUCUGACAGGACUCACCCAAAUUACCAUCAACUCAGUCGAGGACUUGCUCAACGCACUGAAUUUCGGUUCCUCUAUCCGACAGACAGACGCGACGGCUGUUAAUGCUAAAUCCUCCCGUUCACAUGCGGUAUUCUCCCUGAAUCUUAUCCAGAAAAAGAGCUCCACUGCACCCACUUCCGCCCGAGAAAAGCGAUUUUCGGUACCAAUUGAGGCCAUGUCCGGUGGUAACGAGAACUGGGUCACGGUGGACAGCAAGCUCCAUUUCGUCGAUCUGGCUGGGAGUGAGCGGUUGAAGAACACGCAAGCCCUCGGAGAUCGAGCGAAGGAAGGGAUUUCGAUCAAUGCUGGUCUUGCCAGUCUAGGGAAAGUUAUCUCGCAGCUGUCGUCCCGAGCAGCUGGAUCACACGUUUCCUACCGCGAUUCGAGACUCACCCGGCUCCUUCAGGACUCUCUCGGAGGUAACGCCAUCACAUAUAUGGUGGCAUGUGUGAAUCCCGUCGAAUUCCAUCUCAGCGAGACACUGAACACUGUCCAAUAUGCGCAGCGAGCCAGAGCUAUUCAAAGCAAGCCGCAAAUCCAGCAAACCUCCGACGACAGUGACAAACAAGCAACAAUCGAGCGGUUACGGGCAGAAGUGUCUUUUCUGCGUGAUCAGAUCCGAUUGUCCGAGAGGACAGAAAGAAAGAAGAAUGCUCCCCAAGAGAGGGCCGAACGGCAGAACGAACGCGAAGCCGAUCUCCAGAACCAGCUGUUGGAUAUGCAGGAGAACUUUUCAAAGCUUAGUAACCGUCACGCAAAGCUCAUCUCUGAAAUCUCGAAAGUUCGCGAAGGCGGCAACUCCGAAGACACGCCGACCCUCAAGGAUACGAUAGGCGACAACGCGCUAGAGAGGCUGAAACGGUCCAGCUCGUUUGCUGAAGCUGUGGAGCAGGUAGUGUUGGAAUACGAACGGACUAUCCAGUCUUUGGAGGCAAACCUGUCUAAUACUAGGAGUUCUUUGUCCAACAACGAAAGUUCAUUGCUCGAAAGGGAGACGAAGAUCGCGUACCUGGAGAGCCAUGCCCAACAGCUUCAGGCUAGAAUCCAGAAAUCUGCGGAUCGUGAAGCAAACAACGAGCAAUAUCUGCGCGACCUCGAGGCUAGAGUAGAUGGUGUGAUAUCUGGGGAAGAGAAGAGCAGUACUGUUAUUCAAGAGCUCCGGAAAGAGCUGGCGAGAACUAAGGAGAAUGAGGCUAGCUGUGAGGAGUACAUUUCUACGCUCGAAGAGCGGCUCGCAGAGGCGGAUCAGGACCAUGAGAUGAUGCAAAGAGAGAUUGAUCGCCUAACACACGUUGUUGAACGCCAGCGAAGCAUAGGGAAGCUCGACAAUCUGCUCUACGAGCUAGAUGACAUCCGCCGCACCGACGCCAACGACACCGAAUCGCUUGUAAACGGGCACUCGAAGAAAGAUAGCGACCCAUUCCUCGAGAAGAGGUCUUCCGUCGGGAGCAGUACUAGGCAGCUGAAUGGCCAUGUCGAGUCAAUCGAAGAGGAGGAUCUCGAGCGACCAACGUCUGCCGGAGCCUCUGAAUCUCACGCCGUUGAUGGGGAGCGAACCGAGGACCACGAGCACGAGCAAACCGAAAGCUUAGCCCCUACGGAGUUGAACGAUCUAACUCAAAGCCCGGCGCAAUCAAAAUUCGUUGCCGACAAGCUUGAAAAUGUCACGCAGGAGCUUUUCGAUCUGCGCAUGGAGCACGAAACUACUGUCGUGGAUUUUGAAAAGCUCGCCAAUAAGUACCAGGAAGCACUGCGAACUUUGGCUGCACUACAGGAUACUGUGGAUGAAGCGCGCCACCGUACACCUUCCUCUACAUCAUCUCGACCAUCAUCUUUUUUAGCGGACGCGGGGGUGAACGGGCUAAGAGAAGCAGACGGACAACCGUCAUCCUCGCGGACCUUGUCAUCGGAAUUGUCCUUGCUUGGGGAGUCUACUGGUGCCUCCAAUAUGGAGGACGACUCGUUCAACACAGCCGACACAUCUGAUGCUGAGACAGCGCAAGUUAACGCCGGUUUUGCGGACCACUCGGAGGCGCAGGACGAGGCCACACUGGCUCAGGAGAUGGAGAUGUUGAAGAGAUUGCAUGCAGAGAAGGAGCAGCGUGUUGCAGAGCUCAAUCGCAGCUAUGAGGAGCUACACGAGAAACACCAAGACACCCUUGACUACGUCGAGGAGCUGAAGUCCGAAGUUCAGAAGGCCCAGAUGGCUCGCCCGUCUUCACCUACGAUACAGAUUAUCCGUCGCAAGUCGAGCCAGAACGUCGUUGCUACUGAUCGGGCGAAUCGUUCGUUUGCGUCGCUUCGUAAUCUGGCCCUCGAGAACUUCGAAGAUCAGCCCGACGUUAUCCAGAAUUUCGAAGUGAACCUCAACGCCAUCAUGACAGAACUCCACUCACGUUCAGAGCGUGUCACAGCACUGGAGAACGAGGUUGCAUCAGUGCGCAAAGAAAUGGAGAGCAAGAUGAAGUUCAUUAGUGGCCUUCAGAAGGAACGGUCCAGCUUGAAAGCAUCUUCCCCACUGGACAUCUCUGUCGUGUCUUCCAUGCGCGAUCAGUUAUUGCAGAGUGAGGGCCAGAUCGAAGCGCUCAAGGAAAGCCACUCUAGCCGGGAACAAGAAUUGCAGAAUCAGGUUGAGAGCCUCAGGUCUUCUCUACGGGCUCACAACUUACCGGAAGAGCCCGCGUCCCCGAUGCCCGGCCAAUUUGUCGAGACACCCGCCCCAGAGGCAUCCCGAGAAUUAGGAUCUGCCAACGCCGAGAGCCAUCAGAAGCAAAUCAUCGAACUCCAGGAAGAAGUUCAAAAGUGGCAAUCCAAGCACGACGCUAGCGUGCAAUCUAUGAAGCAGUCCGAAAGGGACCUUCAGGAAACCAUCCGAAAUUUGGAGACUGAGAUGCGUAACAUGCAGGCUCAGAAUGUGGCACUGGAGGAGCAAUCGGGAGCGCAACAUGGAGAAGUUGUGGCCAACCUGCAACAGGAGAUCGACCAUCACAAAUCUAAAGCUGCUAGCAAUGCAGCUCGUCUUGCCGAACUCGAGCAGUCCCACGCCAACAUCAUCAAGCAGGUUGAGGAGGACUCCAACUCAAGGGAACUCACCGAGAAAGAGUUGCGUACACACCGGUCUUUGGUGUCGAACCUAGAGAACCAGCUUGAGGAGCACAAGUCUGCCAUGGCUAUCAACCAGCAAAGCCUCGAAUCCAUGAAGGAGUCUCAUGCGAAUCAGCUAAUCGCUGUUCAAAAUGAGUCGAAUGAGAAGCUUGCAGCUCAAUUGAGCGAGCAUGCUGCCGCCACUGCUGCGCUCAAGGAGGAGCUAGCGAAGGCGCAGUCUCAACACCAGGACAGCACAUACAUCAUUCAGACAGAGCUCGAGAAGGCCCAGGGAACAUUGACCAACCUUCUGGCGGCUGCUUCCAAGGUAUUGAACGAGGACACAGAUGCGGACAGGCUCCAGUCUCACCUUGAAUCACUUGUGGAAGGCAGAAAGACUCUCCUCGCUCAAUACGAGCAAGCCUCUAAAGACUUGGAGGCUGCUCGGGCCGAGCUUUCAACCGCGGCAGCUAAUGUCACUGCUUUGGAAAGUGCAGUUGGGGAACUCAAGUCUAUCAAUGCAGAUACCUUGAAGGAGCUUGAGAAGGUCAGUGAGAAGGAGAAGAAGAGCUCUAACUUAGUACAAGAGCUGGAAGACCAACUCAGCCAGAACUGGGAUCAGCAUGAGAUGGCCAACAAUAGGCUUUCCGCACUCCAGACCGAACGUCAAGUUCAGUACGAGGGGAUCAAUCAAGCAAAGCAUGAACUAGAGCGACAAUUGGACGAAGCUCAGGCGAGAAUCGCACUGCUCGAGUCCCAGCUUGGAGAUACAAAGCGCAAUUCGCAACACCGCGAGUCUCUGGACCCCAGGGAUGCCUCUCUUCAGCGAUCGAAUUCUGCAAACUCCAACCUCCGAAAGAGCGCGUCUCACACUUCUCUACCAUCACCUCCACCAGCGAUUCCCCUGCCGCCGCUCCCAGGAAGCCCUCCACCAACUGGUGUCAAUGCUCCUUCACCGCCUACAUCUCGUCACCAGAGCAAAGACAUCGCACAUGCGCAGCUAGUUGAAGAUCAGGAGGCCCGCAUUCGAACCAUAGAGAAGCAUCUAUUCGCCGAGAAGCAGCUUACUGCUACCCUCGAAGAUGCCUUGACUGACCUCGAGUCGUCUAGCACGAAGACGAAGGCGGAGAUGGAGUCAUGGAAGAAGAAGUGCAACACACUAGAAGAAGAGGUUGUUGCCAUGAGGAAAGAGCGUAGCCUCGCCCGCCACUCGCUGCAAGCAGUUGAGGAAGAACGAAGCGCUAGAUUGCGUGUUGAAGCCGAACGUGCCCACCUUGAGGCUCGAAUGGCAACUCUGAGCAAGAACCAGAACAAGAAGAAGUCGAAGGGCACACUCAACUGCUUCUAG